AUGGAAAAAUCGCUGCCGCUCCUCCAGGGCACCAUCACACUCGAAGAUGCGCUCCGAGACGACGAAAAUGUGAUACAGAAACUGCAAUAUCCGGAGAGAAGAGCCAUCUUUUACGUCUACCUCUACCGGCGUCGGGCCCACAUCUCGAAGCUCGUGUCGCGGCAUCUCAACCUCCCCCUCACUUCGUUCCGGUUAGGCCAAAUCAAGGAGUGGGUUCACGGCAGCUUUAAUGUCUGCAUUCCCAUCCAUAUCAAGCCAUCACAGCCCGGUCUUCCAGAGAAGGCCAUCAUCCGUUUUGCCCUCCCUUACAAGACCGGUGACGAGCAUUUUUUUGGCAAUGCGGACGAGAAGGUGCGGUGCGAGGCCGCCACGUACCUCUGGCUGCAGCAAAAUUGCCCGGAUGUUCCAAUCCCGCGACUUUACGGGUUUGGCUUUCCUGGCUCACGAUCGUUCACUGCCGUAACCCACGAGCGGUUUUAUAACCGUGUAAGAUGGCUGUUCCAAAGAUUUAUGGCGUGGCUGUUUGGCGAGAACCUGCCACACUACUUUUCCCACCGCCGUAAACACCUCAAAGAGGUGGCAUACCUCGUCAUCGAGCAUGUGGCGGAAGGAAGGGCGCUCUCCGAGACGUGGCAGGAACACCACGACGACCCUAUCCGAAGAGCCGGUCUAUUCAAGGAUCUUUCCCGCAUCAUGCUCUCUAUUGCAAAAAUCCCCCAACCACGAAUAGGGUCCUGGACUAUUGACAAUAGGGGUAUGAUCACCCUCAUCAACCGUCCGCUCACUGUUCGUCUUCACCAAUUCGAGAACCAAAACAUCCCCACCGACGUCCCUCGGAACCGGACAUACGGUUCCGCAGACGGGUAUUAUUCCGACAUACUCGCUUAUCACAACUACCGCAUGCGGUACCAACCCAAUUCGAUACACAGCGUGAGCGAUGGCGUCGACCAGUUGGCCGCUUUAACAACGAUGCGCACGCUACAACCUCUAUUCACCGAUCGCAAGGCACGGGAAGGACCCUUCGUCAUGACCCUGACCGACCUCCACCAAAGCAACAUCUUUGUGGACGACGACUGGCGCAUCACCCGGCUGAUCGAUCUCGAGUGGGCGUGCUCGCGGCCGCCCGAAAUGGCUUUCAACCCGCCAUAUUGGCUGUCGAGUCCCAGGAUCGUGGACUCUGCGCGUGGCGUUGAGGAGCUUCUCGGCGAGGAGCAGGAAAGCUACGCGAGGCGCCAUUCCGAGUUUACUGCCAUGUUUUCGGCCCAGGAGAAGGCUUUGUAUAGUGGGUCCAAGGACCGCACCAAUAUUCUUCGAAAGAGCUGGGAGAGCGGUACGUUCUGGUACAUGCAGGCCCUGGACUGCCCGAGCGCGCUCUACGCUAUCUUCAUGUUCCAUAUUCAGCCACGGUUCACAAACCUCGAUGACUCUGCGCUUGACCAGUUCAAUCAGGUUGUUGUCCCGUAUUGGGAUCGCGGUGCCGAGCAGUUCAUUGCGGAAAAGGUCCGACAGCAGUGGGAGUACGAAGAACAGCUUCGAGAGCUGUUUGACACGGCAGCGUAG